GGAGCUGUGGAAGGGCGGCUACAGUGGGCAGUGCUCCCAGCUGCUCCUGUUGCAUCUCCAGUGGGGCUUGGCUUUCUCCCCUCCCUUAAGGGCAAUGGGCAAACAGGAAUAAGUCAUCCUUCUCCAGGAAAGCUUUGAGUUCACUACAUGGGGAAACUUGCUUUUCUGGUAUAUUGUGGCUUCUAGAAAAAACAAAAUGUAUUAAUGGAAGUUGAGGCAGAUCUUUAAAAAAAAAAGAAGAAAAAGAAAGAAUUGGCUCUAUGGAGGGAUUGGGUGACCUCACCAAGGAAGGCUGGAAGUCAGCCUUUCUUCUCCCCAGUCACCCACGUGGACACCGACACGUGGAUGGUUUGGAGUGGUGCUGGUGCUUUCUAGCUGAAAUGCAAGCCCUCAGUGUGUUUCAGUGUUCCUAGAGACAGCAGCCAUGAGGAGUGUCCUGGUGUUUGUCUGCCUGGUGGGAAUGGCGUGCACCUUCUCGGUCAAGAGCUGGCUGCGGCAACCCAAGCUGGAUGACUCAGAAGAGAAUGCGGUUUUCAAGAGCCGGCACCGGCAUUACCUGUACAGAUACAUCUACGUGUAUCCCCCGCAGCGACGGUACCAGGGCAGUGACUCAUCUGAGGAAGAGGGGGAUGGCUCGGAGGAGGAGGAAGAGGGGGGGCCAUUUUAUGCUGGAACCAAGGCAGCUGGACACCCAGCUGGAGCAGCCCCUGAGGACUGCCAAGCUGCACUGGGAGGAGACAUCCCAUCCCCCCAGCAGGGCAAGGACUGCCAAAGGAUCAGGCAGAGAACUGCCAGCAAGGGGGAAGACUCUGAAAAUGAAGACAGUGAUGAGAAUGAGGAGGAAGAGGAGGAAGAAGAAGUAGAUGAGAAUGAGAAUGGUGUCAACGGCACAAGCACCAAUACCACAGAGAGUAUUGGACCUCAUGGCAAUGGCACUGUGGUGGCUGAGGAGGGCACUGGUGAAGCUGAGGAAGAGGAGGAAGAGGAGGAGGAAGAAGAAGAGGAAGAAGAGGAGGAGGAAGAAGCUGAAGCUACCACCAUUGCAAGCACCACCAACGAAGAGGGUCUGAUACAGGCGACCACUAUGGAUGAUGUGGGACCCACAGAGGUCACCACAGAUGCCACCACAGAUGCCACCACAGCUGGGGAGCUGUGGGAGUAUGAUGUGACAGCCAGGGACCACAGCCGGGGGGAUGAGGGCACCACUGAGGGUGGGUACGAGGAACAGGAUGAGUACGCACGUGGGGACAGCUACCGCGCCUAUGAGGAUGAGUAUGGCUACUACAAAGGGCACGGGUACGACGUGUACGGCCAGGAUUACUACUACAGCCAGUGAGCACAGCCCUGGUGCUGUCCCUGUCAGCCCCAGCCACUCAGGAAGGUGCAUUCCAAGGCUCCCUGGAGCCACCCCAUGCCAGAGGGGAUGCCAGGCAGCUUGUCAUGCACAGGCUGCAUCCCUGGCUCCAUCCCAGGCUUUUUUUUUUGU